AUGUCGUUUAGAUCUAAAUUCCUAUCAAAGAGCAACACCAAGGGUGGCCAGAAUGUGGAAGAAGAAAAGCAGCGCCCUACGCAAGCAGUCUUAGCAGCAGGUAAGCGCCGGGGAAAGAAAGAGAAAGGCUUUAUUCCGGCGGACGAUCGGCGGUCUCUAUACCUCUGCUUCGGUGAGUACGAAGAGGGCAAUAAGGUGUCGUACACGAUUCUAUCUGUGAGCUUGCGCCAACUGCUUGCUGCUCCUUCUCCACGGAAAUUACAGUUGUUCACUAAAAUUUCGGGCGAUGGCGAUGAUAUGCCCCGUUAUAUGGGUUGCGGCGUCUGGGGCUCCAAAAUCCUGUUGGGCGGUGGCGCAAAGCCGAUGUAUAUGCAUUGUCCCAUAGAUGGACAACCCGUUUUUGGGCGUCUCCGACAUCACGAGGUCCGAAAGUUUUAUUGUUUUGAGACUGGAAAUGGAAAUGGCAAUGGCAAUGGCAAUGACAUGAUGGUAGAGCCGCCGAAGAAGAUGUUAAAAGGGAGCAUUCAGCCCCUGCUGGUGGAGGUGGACACCAAGCUUUAUGCCCUAGGUAAAUCAUUUCGCUCUUUUGAAAUGUUUGACGGCGAUAAUUGGCAUGAACUGCCGAAACCUCCACACGGAACUUUUUCGUGUUAUCCGUUUACAGAAUCACACCCGGAUUGGAAGAACGAUAUAUACUAUGCAGUGGCAGGCACAAAUAUAUUGGUUUCUGAUGGUAGGUCAAGCUUCCGGUUUGACACAACUGAUCCAGACCAAAGCUGGAGACAACUACUGCACGAGCCAGGCUUCGACUUCGACCGAUUCUCUUUUAAGGGCACAAGUUUAGUUGUGAAUGAUGGUAAACAAUUUGUGCUUUUCACAUUCCAACUCUCUGCUGGUCAUCACAUUUCGGUGCAUCUGAUUCCAUAUGACUUUAGUAUCAUCAAACAAGACUACAGCCGUGUCCAGCUGCCUUCAUACUUGAUGAAUUACAAGGACGAUCAUCUUGGGCAGCUUCCAUUAGCCAAUUAUCAGCUGGUACACCUGGGAGAUAAUACUGUCUGCCUUCUUUUGUCUGAACUCCGCCAUUAUGCCAACAAGAAGAUAAUCAGGUGUGUUGAACCCGUAGCAUUCACGUUCAAAGUCAGAGACAAUGCCACUUCGUCCUUGAAAGUCAAAUUCCUGCCUCGCACCCCAAUGCUCAUAUAUGAUGAGGACAAUGAUGAUGAUGUGGAUGUGCCUUCUAGAGCUGGACAAAUGCUUGGUGCCUUCAUGCUGGAAAAUCCACAAGUCCUUCCAGCUGAAUUUCAGAGUGUAGAAGGAGGAUAA